CGGCGAGGUCCUUUCGCUCACAGUACGACUGUCACGCCUCAGUUUCCAUCAUCUAUAGGUCAAAGCAGCAAUGAUUCGCUCAGUAUCUUUACUCAAAUACUCUUUAAAUCUUUCUCAGCGGGCUCAUGUCAGGCUGUUAUCAUCCAGCAGAGGGAUAACAAACAGAAUAGUGCCCGCGACGUUCACUGGAGCUGACACCAAUGGCAGACAUCAGCAGCAUUACGGCAGACCGGUCAGAGUCUGGAGCUCAAGCUGUACCGGUGCCCGUGUGCUUCACCGCCGCACAUACAGCACUCAACAAGUAGAACCUGCAGAAGAAGAGCAGCUCCACAGCAUCAUCAGUGACACAGAGAGCAUUCAAGGAUCCUUCUCCAAACAUGAGUUCCAAGCGGAGACGAAGAAACUGCUGGAUAUUGUGGCCAGGUCCCUGUAUUCUGAGAAGGAGGUGUUCAUCAGAGAGCUCAUCUCGAACGGCAGUGAUGCGCUGGAGAAACUGCGGCACCGGAUGAUGACAUCAGGUGGUGACGCAGCAACGAUGGAGAUCCACCUGCAGACAGACGCAACCAAAGGAACCUUCACCAUCCAGGAUACAGGUAUUGGGAUGAGUAAUGAAGAGCUGGUUUCUAAUCUGGGCACCAUCGCUCGGUCUGGAUCGAAGGCGUUUCUUGAAGAACUUCAGAAUCAAGCGGAGGCCAGCAGCUCCAUCAUUGGUCAGUUUGGUGUGGGUUUCUACUCCGCCUUCAUGGUGGCUGAUAAGGUGGACGUUUACUCUCGAUCUGCUGAACCAGACGCUCCCGGAUACAAGUGGUCCUCAGAUGGUUCUGGAUUAUUUGAGAUCGCUGAAGCUUCAGGUGUGCGUCAGGGCACUAAGAUCGUGCUCCACCUUAAAGACGACUGUAAGGAGUUCUCGUCCGAGGACCGCGUCAAAGAGGUUGUGACCAAGUACAGCAACUUUGUCAGCUUUCCGAUCUUCCUGAACGGACGACGGCUGAACACACUUCAGGCGCUGUGGAUGAUGGAGCCCAAAGACAUCAGCGAGUGGCAGCAUGAGGAGUUUUAUCGGUACAUCGCUCAAGCUCACGAUAAACCGCGCUACAUGCUGCACUACCGCGCCGACGCUCCACUCAACAUCCGCAGCAUCUUCUACGUGCCGGAGAUGAAGCCGUCAAUGUUUGACGUGAGUCGUGAAAUGGGAUCCAGCGUGGCUCUGUACAGCCGGAAGGUUCUGAUCCAGACCAAAGCCUCAGAUAUUCUUCCCAAGUGGCUUCGCUUCUUGCGAGGUGUCGUAGACAGCGAAGAUAUUCCUUUAAACCUCAGUCGAGAGCUGCUUCAGGAAAGUGCUCUGAUCAGGAAACUGAGAGAUGUUUUACAGCAGCGGAUCAUUCGCUUCUUCUUAGAUCAGAGCAAGAAAGAUCCGGAGAAGUACGCCCGGUUCUACGAUGACUACAGCCUGUUUAUGCGUGAGGGCAUCGUGACCACAGCCGAGCAGAGCGUCAAGGAGGACAUCGGCAAGCUGUUGCGCUUCGAGUCAUCCGCUCUUCCCGCCGGACAGCAGACCAGUCUGAUGGAGUACGGCUCUCGCAUGAAGGCCGGAUCCAGGAAUAUUUAUUACCUGUGCGCGCCGAACCGCCACCUGGCCGAACACUCGCCGUACUUCGAGGCCAUGAAACAAAAAGACAUGGAGGUUCUGUUCUGCUUCGAGCAGUUUGAUGAGCUGACGCUGCUUCACCUCCGAGAGUUUGACCGGAAGAAGCUCAUCUCCGUGGAGACCGACAUCGUGGUAGAUCAUUACAAAGAAGAUAAGUUUCAAGACAGCAAAGCUGAAUCUGAGAGGCUGACGGAACAGCAGGCCGAAGAUCUGAUGGCGUGGAUGAGAAACUCACUCGGACAGAAAGUCACCAACAUCAAGGUGACCCCGCGUCUAGACACACACCCGGCCAUGAUCACAGUGCUGGAGAUGGGAGCCGCACGACACUUCCUGCGCACGCAGCAGCUCGCACGCAGCUCGGAGGAGAGAGCGCAGAUCCUGCAGCCCACGCUGGAGAUCAACACCGGACACGACCUCAUCAAGAAACUCGACGCUUUGAGAGACUCAAACUCUGAACUCGCUCAGAUGGUUCUUGACCAGAUUUACGACAACGCCAUGAUCGCCGCUGGGCUGAAUGAAGACCCCCGUCCGAUGAUUUCUCGUCUGAAUAAACUGCUCACACAAGCUCUGGAUAAACAUUGAAGCUCACGCUGUAUCUCACCCCGCUGGACUCAGUUUUACUAUCAUUGGAGCUGUACACGGCUCUGCCUCACCACCUCACGCCCUCAACUCAAGAUAAAGUUAUCUAUAUAAAGACUUGAGAAUCUGUGACAUCUGUGGGUUUGGUGGGAGUCACAGUUUAUCAGCUGUAAAGAGACCAUUUUUUCAUUUGUCUGUCUGUUGUCAUUGUGAAGAAACUGAAUGAGGAAGAAUCUGCUGAAAAUUGAACUUUGUGAGAUGAGGAUAAUGUGUUGUACUAGGUAUUAACUGUCCAUCAUUUAAAUGUUUUGUCCAGACGUUGUCUGAUUGUUUCAACACAUAAAUUAAUGAUACUGUAGUAAAUUUAAGGAGUGAUUAGAUCUCAAAUACAUAAAAUUAAAGGUCUACACAUUUUUCUUA